AUGGCACUUAGAAAGGUCAGGAAUAAUAUCGACCGUCUAUUCGACAAAAACUUGACAGACCUUAUCCGAGGAAUUAGGAAUAAUAAGGAAAAUGAGGUGAGAUUUCUUGCAAUUUUUUAAAGAACAUGUUCAAUGUAAUAUUUAUGUCAACUACUUCAGGGACGAUAUAUCGCUGCCUGUAUGGAGGAGAUAAAGACCGAGCUCCGAACAGAUUCCCCAUUUAUAAAAGCCAAUGCGAUUGAGAAGCUCGCAUAUGUAAGUAGUUUUGGUUCAGAGUUUUAUUUUAGUUACAAAUGCUUGGGUAUGACAUCAGCUGGGCGUCUUUUAACAUCAUAGAGGUUAUGGCUUCUACCAAAUACAGUGAGAAGAGGAUUGGAUACCUAACCGCCACUCAAUGUUUUAAUGACGAGACAGACGUGUUAAUGUUGACAACGAAUAUGAUCCGAAAGGACCUUCAAAGCAGUAAUAUGUAUGAUUGUGGAGUCGCACUGAGUGGUCUUGCCUGUUUUGCUACAUCAGAUUUGUCGAGAGAUUUGGUUAAUGAUGUUGUCAACUUGGUAAGACCAGGACGUUUUAUUUUAUUUAUUUUUUUAGUUGACGUCAAGUAGACCUUACGUGAGGAAGAAAGCGGUGUUACUCUUAUAUAAGAUCUUCUUAAAGUAUCCAGAGAGUUUGCGACCAACGUUUUCUCGGCUAAAGGAGAAAUUGGAGGACUCUGAUCCAGGUAGAAAUUAAUUUUUGGUUAUUUAUUUGUGUUUAGGAGUCCAAAGUGCUGCAGUUAAUGUAAUAUGCGAAUUGGCGAGGAAGAACCCUCGAAAUUACCUGAGUUUGGCCCCGCUUUUCUUUAAAUUGAUGACUACAAGCUCAAAUAACUGGAUGUUGAUUAAGAUAAUCAAACUAUUCGGGUCUUUAGUGCCGUUGGAAUCUCGACUGGGCAAAAAGUUAUUGGAACCACUUACUACUUUGAUUAACAGGUAGGUUAUUUGCUCGUUUUUAUGCGUCUUGUAUUAUAGUACAUCGGCGAUGUCUUUACUCUACGAAUGUAUCAACACGGUGAUCGCGGUAUUGAUCAGUAUCUCUUCUGAAGGUCCCGGGGAUUACACUCCGUCAAUACAGGUAAGUGAAUUUGAAUGUGAAAUUGUUCGUUUUAGUUAUGUGUGCAAAAACUGGGUGUGCUGAUCGAAGAUUCGGAUCAGAAUUUGAAAUACCUUGGACUUCUGGCUAUGGGAAGAAUUCUUUUGACUCAUCCGAAAGCUGUUCAAGCACAUAAAGAUAUUGUUUUAAGAUGUUUGGAUGACAAAGACGAGAGUAUUAGACUUCGGUAUGUUCCUCAACAUUGAUAAAGAGUAGCAUUAUUCUCAUUUUAUUUCUUUUUUUCCAGAGCGCUAGAUCUUUUAUACGGUAUGGUUUCCAAGAAGAAUAUAAUGGAGAUUGUUCGGAAGCUGAUGGAUCAUGUGGAUAAAGCAGAAGGGGCAUUCUACAGAGACGAAUUGCUGGCCAGGAUCAUUUCUAUUUGUUCUCAUAAGAAUUAUCAGUAUAUUACUAACUUUGAAUGGUACAUAUCAGUAUUAGUUGAAUUGACAAAGGUCGAAGGGUCCAAACACGGAGUGUUGAUUGCUGAACAGGUAAGUAUUUGCUUUUAUUUAAUGGGUGGCUGUUUAGAUCCAAGAUGUAACAGUCAGAGUCCAGUCUAUUAGACAUUACUCGGUAUCUCAAAUGGCUUUGUUGGUGGAAAAUGCUCAUCUUCUUUUGUCGGCCAACUCUGCCCAAAGGAAUAACAUCUCGGCGGUGUUGUUGGCAGCGGCAUGGAUUUGCGGUGAAUAUGCAGAGUGAGUUUGUCGUUUUGGUUUUUGGGUUUGCAUCUAUUUCAUACUGUACUCAAAGUAUUUUAGACAUGUAAAUGACAUAAUGUCGGUCCUUGAAUCCAUGUUGAAGACCAAAGUGUCCCUGGUGCCCGGAGAUCUUCUAAGUGUUUACAUUCAAAACAUUGCCAAAUUGUAUGCCUUUUUAUUACUCCAAUACGAGAAGGAAGAUGACUGGGACGCGAUUGAGAGUCUCGAUAAUCUGGUGCUGUCAAAACUACCUCAAUUUCAAUAUUCUGAUCAUCUCGAAGCACAAGAACGGGCCUGUAAUCUUCUACAUCUACUUAAAUUCGUAGAAUCUGAACAUAUAAAGAAGAAGAAGAUCGGUGAAUCAUUCGCGGCAUUAUUCGAAGGUGAACUGAAUCCGGUGGCUUCGAAAGCCCAAAGAAAAGUUCCGCUGCCAGAGGGGUAUGUCAAAGAUUUUCUAAUCGCAUUAUGGGAAUUUUUAGCCUUGAUUUGGACGCCUGGAUUGUGGAGCCUUUGGUGGAAACCGAUUCGGAUGAUGAAGAUGCAGAUGAGGUCCCGACCAUCGAUGCAGCUCGUCGCCAGUUUGCAUUAGCCGCUGAAUCUUAUCUGGAAAGCUCUGAAGGUGAGGAAAAAGAAAAGGAAACACCGAAGAAUGGGAAGUUGACAAAGACGGCGACCCAGAAAGAAAUUGAAGAAGGAAAAAAGAGAAGACAAUUUGAACAAGAAAACAAUCCUUAUUACAUGAAAGCCGUCACCAAGCCGAUUCAGAAGAGCCAAUCCAAUCAGAGUCAACUGAGUCAAGUGUCGAAACAGAGGGCGAAGUAUCAAGACCCGUCAGAUCUCCAGAGCCCUUUGGAAAUUCCGGGAGUAAUUGGAAUGGAUAGGUGUGGUUAUUUGAAUAAUUUGAGUUGUUUUGAUGUUUAGAUACAUGGAACAACAGAAUUCGACAAUGUCAUGGAAGACGGUGAAGGUGGAGAAACAGAAGAAAACAAAGAAGGGAACCAAGAAGAAGAAAUCCAAAAUGCAAAAUCUCUCGGUUCUCUCCAGUUCUGAGGAAGAAGAUGAUGCCGUGGUUGUUCAUAACGUAAACCGAGAUGACGGGGAGAUGCCGGAUAACGCACUAAGUAGUGAUGAUGAAAAGGAAGUGGUAAGCGUAAAUAAAGUUUUACCAUUGUUUUUAGAAUGGACGUUCGAAUGAGUUCAAGGCACUCGAUAUGGAUCUGGAUGCUCCUUUGAGAGAUGAUGAGAGAUUGUUCGCCCCUAAGCCUUACGAACGGCCAAGGGCAUUUGAACAAGAAUCGUUUGAUGCAUUCAGAAUACAUAAGGAAAAUGGUGGUCACAAAGAAGAAAAGAAGAAAUCGAAGAAAAAGAAGACAAAAGAAACGGAACCAGUUGAAGAGAAGAAAAAGAGCAAAAAGAAGAAGAAAAAAAUAAAGGAAGAGAAUCUUUACACUGCCAUUGAUGAAGAUUCAAAGAAACCGAAAAGAAGUGAUAAAGGAAAGGGCAAGACAAGUGUUGAGGUAUGUGAUUAUGAUCUUUGGACGGGGUUAAAACGCUUAGAAAGUUUAACGGUUAACUAAUAUGUUUGGUUCAGGACAUCCUUGUUUUCAAUUCGGAUGAAAUGGUCAAACCUAAUACUCUACCGGUAUCCUUUGACAAUUCGUUCAAAAAACUUUGCUUUAAUGAACGAGUGGCAGUCGAUUCUUCUAUUCAAAUUGGAGAAUUGGAACAUCAGAAGGUGACUAUAACUUUGCGGAUCGAAAACAAAGGAAAUGAUUUGAUCAAGAUGAUCGAAGUAUUUGUUUUGGAAUCUGACUCCGUGUCGCUGGAUUCUAAGAAAGAGGGGACAUUGAAACUACCAUUUGAGUUACAACCAAGGUCCUCAAAUCAGCAUGGGUUACAUCUUAAUGUAAAGAAUCCACAUCAAACCCACAGGGUGCGGUGCACAAUAAGUUAUUUGGUUGAAGAAGGCAGGGAUACUGUAACAGAAAAAUUGGACUUCAGAUUGGAGAUCAAAAGUAUCUUGUUCUUGAAAUUUGCGACAAUUGGAAAGUGGGUUUUCAUUUAGCGUUAAUGAUUGUAUUUUAGUUCUUCGUUCGAAUUCAUGAUCAGCAGUGGGGAAUUGCUUAGCUCAGCUAGUCCAUCAGUAGAAUCUAAAAGGAAUUUCCUCGAGGUGGUUGAUGGAAUCACCAAUGAAUCUAACUUCUCGGGUAUGUUUUUAUUUAUACCGGCCGAAAAAAUUUUCUAUUCGCCUCGUGUCUCAGGAACCGCUGGGUUAAGACGUGUGUAAUUCGUGAGCCAGAGGGCGGUAUGGUCGAAAACUUGUAAACAUGGGAUAAAUAUUGAAAGGGGAGAUUGUCACAAUACAGCGAUACUACAAUCAUGUCUUACCGCCCUCUGGCUCAUGAGUUACAAGCCAAGGUGGAAUGAAAUUUUUGGCAACCCGUUCUUGGCCUUACCGAAAUCCGACGUGGAAAGAAAAUUUUGUCGACCCUGAAUGACCUGAUAUAAUAUGGUAUAAUGUAUUGUUUCAGUUGUUGAAAAGACCGAAGAUGCCGCCACUUUAUAUGCACAUAGUUUCGAUGGCAAACCAAUAUGUGUUCUACUAAAACAAAAGGCCAGUUUAAAAAUUUCAAGUUAAUUUUUUCUAAAAUUUUAGGAAUCUAUCUGUUCGAUAUCCUGUAAAUGCCACGACCAACAGCUAGGCCAAUCCCUGGCUGAAGAUUUGGCUCAGCUUGUGAAACUCUUGCCUCAAAAGAACUAA